GCGGCGGCGGUGAAAUUAUUCCUACCUUAGGUGUUUCGCUUGCCUACGGUGAGGUCCGCCGCUUUGCUUCCCCUUCGCGGAGGGGCCGGGUGCGGACUGGAUGUGAGCGCGGGCCCAGGGUGUGCAGUUCCUGUGGCGGGGGCUAGGACAGCGAAUCCCAGCUCGGAGUGUCUGAGACGCGUCGGCCUCGGCAGGUGCCUUCUCCAAGAGAGGCAGUGGGUAGAGAGAAAUGGCCACAAAGUUGUUACCAGCCCCGACUCAGGAGUCCGUGACAUUCAGAGAUGUGGCUGUGCACUUCAGCCGGGAUGAGUGGCUGUACUUGGACCCCGCACAGAGAGCCUUGUACCGGGAGGUGAUGCUGGAGAACUACAGCUCCCUGGUGUCACUGGGGAUUCUCUUUUCCAAACCAAAGGUUAUCUUCCAGUUACAGCAAGGGGAGGACCCCUGGAUGGUGGAAAACGGAGUUUCUUGUGGUGCAUGUCUAGGAUGGGAGAGCUUGUUUGAGACCACAAAUUCCGAAGAAGACUAUCAGGAAGUAAUGAAUAAACUCAUAGAUGAUAGUACUUUGGACUUCAAGUUGGGGAAAACCUACAUAAGUGAGGACAAGCUAGAGAAGCAGCAGGGCAAAAAGAAUAAACCUUUCAGGAAAGUCUUGGUUACCAUCAAGAAAACCUACACGAAAGAGAGGAGCUUAGUAGGUGUUGAGAAAAAUCUUGGUCUAAAAUCAUCAAUUAUUAGAAAAUCCAGAAUUGUUUCCAGAGGAAGGAAGCCCCAUUUACAACACUAUUCAAUUCUAUUUAAACAACUGGAAGUCAAUACAGUGCGAAAAUGUUACAAAUGUAACAUCUGUGGGAAAAUCUUCCUCCACAGUUCUUCCCUGAGUAAACAUCAGAGAAUCCACACUGGAGAGAAGCUCUAUAAAUGUAAAGAAUGUAGGAAAGCUUUCAGCCAAAGCUCAUCCCUAACUCAGCACCUGAGAGUUCAUACUGGAGAGAAACCUUACAUAUGUAAUGAGUGUGGGAAAGCCUUCAGUUUUACUACCUCUCUCAUUGGACAUCAGAGAAUGCAUACUGGAGAGAGACCUUAUAAGUGUAAUGAAUGUGGGAAAACAUUUAAAGGUAGUUCAUCCCUUAAUAAUCACCAGCGAAUUCAUACUGGAGAAAAGCCCUAUAAGUGUAAUGAAUGUGGGAGAGCCUUUAGCCAGUGCUCAUCUCUUAUUCAACAUCAUAGAAUUCAUACUGGAGAGAAACCGUAUGAAUGUACUCAGUGUGGGAAAGCCUUUACUUCAAUAUCACGGCUAAGUAGACACCAUAGAAUACAUACUGGAGAGAAACCCUUUAAUUGUAAUGAGUGUGGGAAAGUAUUCAGUUACCAUUCAGCCCUUAUUAUACAUCAGAGGAUUCACACAGGUGAGAAGCCUUAUGCAUGUAAAGAAUGUGGGAAAGCCUUUAGCCAAAGCUCAGCUCUUAUACAACAUCAAAGAAUUCACACUGGAGAAAAACCCUACAAAUGUAACGAAUGUGGGAAAGCUUUUUCCUGGAUUUCACGGCUUAAUAUACAUAACAGAAUCCAUACUGGAGAGAAACCAUAUAAUUGUAAAGAAUGUGGAAAAGCCUUCAGUUCUCAUUCUGCAGUUAAUACGCAUCGAAAAAUUCAUACUGGAGAGAAACCUUAUAAAUGCAACGACUGUGAAAAGGCCUUCAACCAAAGCUCAGCUCUAAUUCAGCACCAGAGAAUUCAUACUGGAGAGAAACCAUAUAACUGCAAAGUAUGUGGAAAAGCCUUCAGACAAAGUUCUUCCCUUAUGACACACAUGAGAAUUCAUACAGGAGAAAAGCCUUAUAAAUGUAAAGAAUGUGGGAAAGCUUUUAGUCAGAGCUCAUCUCUUACUAAUCAUCAGAGGACUCAUACUGGAGAAAACUAUAAAUAAAAUGCAUGUGGAAAAUCUUCCAACUGAAGUUCAUUUCAUAUUGAAUAUCAAAGAAUUCGUCUUGGGGAGAAAGGUGGCCUUCCUGGGACUGAGGAGCUCCCCUGCCUCUUCAGGGCGGCGGGCGGUGCCAGCGCCUAUCUUCGUAUUGACGUUAGCAGUGCUCUGCUCUCCUUUGGCUGGAAAACUAAGAAGGAAAGAAUGGCUGUGGAUUUGCUGCCUGCUCAGGUGACAGAGUCCGUGACGUUCAGGGAUGUGGCCGUGCUCUUCAGCCGGGACGAGUGGCUGUGCUUGGACCCCGCGCAGAGAGCCUUGUACCGGGAGGUGAUGCUGGAGAACUACAGCUCCCUGGUGUCACUGGGGAUUCCGCUCUCAACGCCAAAGGUGAUCUGCCAGUUGCAGCGAGGAAAAGAUCCCUGCCUGGUGGAAGGAGAGGCUUGUCAAGGCGCCUGUCAGGAUUUCAAGACAUGGCCUGAAAUAGAAGCAUUGCCUCCCAGACAGGACAUUUUUAUAGAAGAAGCAUCUCAGGGAAUAAUAACGAAAAAAUCCACUAAGUUCGGUCACUGGGGCAUCAAGCUUAGAGAAGCUUUGGAAUUUCAGAAUAGAAGAGAACAGGAACAACGGAAGAUGCCUUUUAGGCAGAUGUUAGCCUCACACAAGAAAACCAUCUGUGGUGAUGGAAACCAUAUAAGUCUUGAAUUAGGGAAAGGGUUAUUUGUAAAUACAGUUCUGGUUACACAGCAGAGUGUUCCUGUAGAAAGGAUACCCAAUAUAUGUUAUACUUUUGGGAAAGAUUUUAAACAGGAUUUUGAUCUGCUGAAAUGCUUCCAAAUUUAUCCAGGAGAUAAAACUCAUAUUUGUAAUGGAUGUGGGAAAAGCUUCAGUCAAAGUCUUCAGCUUAUUGAUCACCAGAGAAUUCAUACUGGUGAGAAACCCUACAAAUGUAACGAAUGUGGGAAAACGUUCAGCCAUAGAUCAUCCCUUCUUGCCCACCAGAGAAUUCAUACUGGAGAGAAACCUUAUAAAUGUAAUGAAUGUGAGAAAGCAUUUAGCAGCAGCUCGACUCUGACCAAACAUGUGAGAGUGCAUACUGGAGAGAAACCCUAUCAAUGUAAAGAUUGUGGUAAAGCCUUUAGCCAGUGUUCAACCCUCACUGUACAUCAGAGAAUUCAUACUGGAGAGAAACUCUAUAAAUGUGGUGAGUGUGAGAAGGCCUUCAGUUGUAGAGCAAAACUCCAUAGACAUCAAAGAAUCCAUACAGGUGAGAAACCUUAUAAAUGUAGUGACUGUGGGAAAGGUUACAGCCAGCUUACAUCCCUGGCUGAACAUCAGAGGCUUCAUACUGGAGAACAACUGUGUAAAUGCAUGGAAUGUGGCAGAACUUUCACACGCAUCGCAACCCUUAUCGAACAUCAGCGAAUUCAUACUGGACAGAAACCCUACCAGUGUAACGAAUGUGGGAAAACCUUCAACCAGUAUUCAUCCUUUAAUGAACAUCGGAAAAUUCAUACUGGGGAAAAACUUUAUACGUGUGGAGAAUGUGGGAAAGCCUUUGGGUGCAAAUCCAACCUUUAUAGGCAUCAGAGAAUUCAUACUGGGGAGAAACCCUAUCAGUGUAAUCAGUGUGGAAAAUCUUUCAGCCAGUUUUCAUUCCUAACUGAACAUGAAAGAAUCCAUACUGGAGAGAAACUCUAUAAAUGUAUGGAAUGUGGGAAAGCUUACAGUUAUAGAUCAAACCUUUGUAGGCACAGAAAAGUUCACAAUAAAGAAAAACUCUAUAAAUGGAAGGAAUAUGGGAUCAGAGAUUUCUUAGAGGAGUUAAGUCCCGUGAGGUUUAAUUUUUCUCUCAAAUAAUUCAAGACUUCUCACUGGAGAAUAAUCAGGAGAACAAUAAGGCAGACUUCUGAUGGUCUUCUUUAACUUCUCUUGGAGAAAAUGUGCUAGUUACCACUAAGUCGUGGUAAAAUUUAUCAGCGAAAACAUGAUGAGCACUGACUUGUCAAAUUUUAUAAGAACCAUUAAGUUCUAAAGUUUACAAAACAUGUAAAAUUUUUUAAAUUCAUAGAAAAAUGUAAAAGCCUAACUUUUAAAAAAAUGAAAAUAAUGAAAUAUUAAUUCUGUUUCUUUCAUUAGACUUUAUUUCCUUUCAAAAAUAAGCUUCAAUACAAAUUAAAAGCAGUCAUUGAGUAGUAAUGUGGGACCUUAUUUUCUAAAAUGUCAGGGAGACGUAGGAUAUACUCUUUUUUCAUAAAGAGAAGCUAAAGAUAAGAAUUAUUUGAAGUCUAAUUUUCACAUGGAAAUAAGCUCACCUUUUGUGAACUGCCUCACAAGCAAGUUAUAUGUAUAUAUAUAUAUACAUACAUAUAUACACAUGCACAUAUGCACAUGCACAUACGUAUAUACACACAGUUUGGGAAUAUAUGUAUAUUUUUUCCAAAAACCUUUGAUGAUUAAAAACUGGUUUUAUCAAUUCCAAAUUUAGUUUGAAAAUUAAAAUUUUGCCCAAAUGGAGUCUUCCAUUUCCUUUUCUACAUUAUUUCUUAAUUUGAUAUGAUUCUACAUUACCGGAGGGUUUUAUUACAGUACUAGAGAAGAUGAGUAAACUGGGGCAAGUACAGAGGCUGUCAUGCAAAUACUCUCAUCAGUUGUGAAGGUAUAUAUUUGCAGAAUCUGUGACUAUACAGCAGGUAGUUCAUUAGAGCCAGGAGAAAUUUUAAUUUAGUCUAUUUAUACCCUUUCGUUUUACUAAGGGAAAAAAUCAAGCUUAUUGGGCAGAGUCAAGACUAGAAUCUAGGCCUUUCAGCUCUGGUUUUCUGUGAUAAUCAUAGGUUCAUUUACAACCUCAAGUCCCAAGAGUAAGUUGUUUUGUAAAUAGGUGAGGCACAAUUGCAAUAAUUUAAUCAGUUUUAUUUUUAAUAUUCCACCUCACGUUAAUCUUAAUAAUUGACUUAAAAUCAUGUUCAUUUUCUAAUGUGCCCCUAAUUAUACCUGAUUUUAUAAUAACUACAUAAAUCCCCAAACCCAGGUGGAGUACAAGAUUGUCUCGUUUGUUUUUGUUGCAUGUGUUUCAGGAAUUCUUUUGUGUAAAGUCAUGUGUAUAUUUUAUUAAACAUUCUAGUCAUAAGUUUAAGUUAGUUAUCCAAACAUUUUCCAUGUUUUUAAGAAAGAUUUCAUUUCCCCCAGGCCUUUGUCCUCCAGUUUUAUAUUUCAUUUUUACAAUUGGUAUCAUUUAAAAAGUUCUAAUAAAAUUAGAACCUUUUAUAUGAGAAAGGUUUUAGAAUUAAACUGAAAUGUUCAGCAUAGUAUAUCUCUUAGUUCAUUAGAAAGUAUCUUUUUAUAUGUUUAAGUAUAUUUACAAGGAAAAUAAAACCUUUAAAGAUACCUCAAUAUUUAACAUUGUAGAGCCAUUUGCAAGAUAUUCUAGAUAAAAACAUUUCAUUACCCAAUAUUACUGACCAUGCUUAGUACCCAGAUUUUGGUUUCUAAAUGUCAUUCCCCACUAUAAGGAACCAGGGCUCCUUGGAGUAAUGGUUGAUUACUCCAGGGAAAAUGUAAGACGUGACUAGUAUCUUUAUGAAAUAAAAAAAGAGCAUUCAAAACUAAUGUCAGAAGGACACAGGAGACAAAUUGAAGGUGUAUCCUACUGGUCAAAUUUAGUACAACAUGAACAUCAGAAUAAUCACUGUAAUUGGUUAUAACAUGCUAAGUUAGGAUAAAUAAGCCCAUAAAGGGAAAAGUAUAGGAAGAAAAGCUCUAUAAAAUUAUUUGAAGAAUUUCAUAUAUUAAUUGUAAAUGUAGUGAUGGAUUCAGAAAAAAUCAUGAUUUUCCAGCCCUUAAUGUCAUUAAAUUGGGCAUAGUCAAUGGAUGAUAAAAAUUUAGAUGAAAGAAAAUUAAGGAACAUUAUUGUACAUGGUGUCCAAAAAUCAGAGAUGCCAACUGCAAAGGAAAGAUAUGCCUUCAUAAGGAAGAGCUGGCUGCCAAAUUGAGUUUCACUGCUGGUGCACAAGCAGACAUGUGACAGACACCUCAUGCACACAUGAUCAUCUGUGAUGUAGUCUUGUCAAAAAUGUUUCAUGAAAAUCUAAAUCUCUCAUCUAAGCUUUUCUUGUUUACAAGAAAUACAAGGAAUAGAGGAACAAGUUCAAUUACACAGGAAAUAGACAAGCCCAGAGUUUGAGACGUUGUACAAGAACAACUGGUCUGGACUUUUCAAAAGCCAAUAUAAUAAAACAAGUGGACUCAUGUAGAUUAAGGCACUCAAGAGAACCAAGGUAUGAUGCUUAAUUGCCUUCUGUUUCAGAAAAAAACAACUAUGAAGGACAUUUGGGGGGACGUGGUGUAAUAGGAUGGAAUAGGUAUUAGAUAAUGUGGUAGGUUCAAUUUUCCUAGAAGGGAUAAUGUUAUUUAGGUAUAUAGGACAAUGCCUUUAUUCUUGGGAGAUGCAUGCAGAAGUUUUCAGUUUGAAAAGUCAUAGUGUUUGCAGCAUAUUUUAAUAUAUGUAAAAAAUUUUGUCACCUGUUAAUUGAAACUUUGUGGAGGAUAUAGAGAUGUUCAUUGGUCAUUUAUAAAACUUUUUCUGUAUGUUUAAAAUUUUAAUAAAAUAUUGAGGCAAAAUGUGAUUGGAAAAACUGAUGAAUAUGAAGCUUCCAGUCAGACUUCUUCCUUUAUACUUGUAAAUUUUCUAUGAGAGUUUAUUCUCUAGGAAUGUAAUCACUGGAAAUAAAAUAACUUUUGGUUGGUUCUGA